AUGAAUGUAUAUGAUGAUGUGCUUGACGCUACUGUUGUGUCUCAUUCAUUAGCAACACAUUUUACUACUUCAGAUUAUGAGGAGCUCUUAGUGGUGCGAACAAAUAUCCUUUCUGUCUACAGGCCUACUAGGGAUGGUAAACUGUAUUUGACUGAUGAGUUUAAGUUUCAUGGCUUGAUCACCGAUAUAGGCCUCAUUCCCCAAAAAGACAGUCCGUUAAGUUGCCUGCUUUUAUGCACAGGCGUCGCUAAAAUCUCUAUUUUAAAGUUCAACACGCUAACAAACUCAAUCGAUACCCUAAGCCUGCAUUACUACGAAGGAAAGUUCAAGGGUAAAUCGUUGGUAGAGCUGGCCAAAAUUUCCACCUUGAGAAUGGAUCCUGGAAGUUCUUGUGCCUUACUGUUCAAUAAUGACAUUAUCGCUUUUCUACCCUUCCAUGUCAAUAAAAAUGACGACGAUGAGGAGGAAGAAGAUGAGGACGAGAACAUAGACGAUAGUGAAUUAAUCCAUAGCAUGAAUCAAAAAUCCCAAGGGACGAAUACUUUCAAUAAGAGGAAGAGAACCAAGUUAGGUGACAAGUUCACGGCUCCAAGCGUGGUAUUGGUAGCGAGUGAGUUGUACGAAGGCGCCAAAAAUAUCAUAGAUAUUCAGUUCUUGAAAAAUUUUACUAAACCAACGAUAGCGCUCUUAUACCAACCAAAGCUUGUUUGGGCAGGAAACACCACCAUUUCAAAACUCCCUACACAAUACGUUAUACUCACAUUAAAUAUCCAGCCUGCAGAAAGUGCCACCAAGAUUGAAUCAACCACAAUAGCAUUUGUCAAGGAACUGCCUUGGGAUCUACACACCAUUGUACCUGUUUCGAAUGGUGCUAUCAUUGUGGGAACCAAUGAACUGGCAUUUCUAGAUAAUACUGGCGUUUUACAAUCGACAGUAUUAUUAAACUCAUUUGCUGAUAAAGAGUUACAGAAAACAAAAAUUAUCAACAAUUCUUCAUUGGAAAUUAUGUUCAGGGAGAAAAACACUACGUCAAUUUGGAUACCUUCGUCCAAGAGCAAAAACGGAGGAAGUAAUAAUGACGAAACACUACUACUUAUGGACUUGAAAUCCAAUAUAUACUAUAUCCAAAUGGAAGCAGAGGGCAGGUUACUGAUUAAAUUCGAUAUUUUCAAGCUACCUAUAGUCAAUGAUCUUUUGAAGGAGAACUCCAAUCCAAAAUGUAUAACACGUUUGAAUGCCACCAAUUCAAACAAAAAUAUGGACUUAUUUAUUGGGUUUGGUUCAGGAAAUGCUUUGGUUCUCAGAUUGAAUAAUUUGAAAUCUACCAUUGAAACAAGAGAAGCACACAAUCCAUCUUCAGGUACAAAUAGUUUGAUGGAUAUCAAUGACGACGAUGAUGAGGAAAUGGACGAUUUAUACGCCGAUGAAGCUCCUGAAAAUGGACUAACAACUAAUGAUUCCAAAGGCACUGUGGAAACUGUUCAACCUUUCGAUAUCGAACUGUUAUCAUCUCUAAGGAAUGUUGGUCCCAUCACAUCGUUAACUGUAGGUAAGGUAUCUUCCAUUGAUGAUGUGGUAAAAGGACUACCAAAUCCAAACAAAAACGAGUAUUCGCUAGUUGCCACAUCGGGAAAUGGUUCAGGUUCUCAUUUGACCGUCAUACAGACUAGUGUUCAACCGGAAAUUGAAUUAGCAUUGAAAUUUAUCAGUAUAACACAAAUCUGGAAUCUGAAGAUCAAAGGAAGAGAUAGGUACUUAAUAACUACUGAUUCCACAAAAUCCCGGAGUGACAUAUAUGAAAGUGACAAUAACUUCAAACUUCAUAAGGGCGGCCGUUUAAGAAGAGAUGCUACUACAGUUUACAUUUCAAUGUUUGGUGAAGAAAAAAGAAUAAUACAAGUCACCACCAAUCACUUAUAUUUAUAUGAUACACAUUUUAGACGUCUCACCACAAUUAAAUUUGACUACGAAGUUAUUCAUGUUUCCGUCAUGGAUCCGUAUAUACUAGUUACCGUAUCAAGGGGUGAUAUUAAGAUAUUUGAAUUGGAGGAAAAGAAUAAAAGAAAAUUGUUAAAAGUUGAUUUGCCAGAAAUUUUGAAUGAAAUGGUUAUUACAUCUGGUUUGAUUUUGAAAAGCAAUAUGUGUAAUGAAUUUUUGAUUGGGUUGAGUAAGUCUCAAGAAGAACAGUUAUUGUUUACAUUUGUUACUGCAGAUAACCAAAUUAUCUUUUUUACUAAAGACCAUAAUGACAGAAUCUUUCAACUAAAUGGUGUUGACCAAUUAAAUGAAUCUUUAUACAUUAGCACUUAUCAACUGGGCGAUGAGAUCGUCCCUGAUCCAUCGAUUAAACAAGUAAUGAUAAACAAACUGGGCCAUGACAAUAAAGAAGAAUACCUGACAAUAUUAACCUUCGGAGGAGAGAUUUACCAAUAUAGAAAAUUACCACAAAGACGUAGUAGAUUUUAUAGAAACGUUACAAGAAAUGAUCUAGCUAUUACUGGUGCUCCUGACAAUGCAUACGCCAAGGGUGUUAGUUCCAUCGAAAGAAUCAUGCAUUACUUUCCCGAUUACAACGGUUAUUCGGUAAUAUUUGUAACCGGUAGCGUUCCAUACAUAUUAAUAAAAGAAGAUGAUUCCACACCGAAGAUUUUCAAAUUCGGAAACAUACCAUUGGUUUCAGUCACUCCCUGGAGCGAGCGUUCAGUCAUGUGUGUAGAUGAUAUUAAAAACGCCAGAGUUUACACACUAACUACUGACAAUAUGUACUAUGGUAACAAAUUACCAUUGAAACAGAUAAAGAUCAGCAAUGUGCUUGAUGACUACAAAACUCUGCAAAAACUAGUCUAUCAUGAAAGGGCUCAAUUGUUUCUUGUAUCUUAUUGCAAGCGGGUUCCUUACGAAGCAUUAGGAGAAGAUGGCGAAAAAGUAAUUGGUUAUGACGAGAAUGUUCCUCAUGCGGAAGGAUUUCAAAGUGGAAUUUUACUCAUUAAUCCAAAAAGUUGGAAGGUCAUUGAUAAAAUCGACUUUCCAAAGAAUUCUGUCGUCAAUGAAAUGAGAUCCUCUAUGAUUCAAAUUAAUUCAAAAACUAAGAGGAAAAGAGAAUACAUUAUAGCCGGUGUUGCCAAUGCCACCACUGAAGACACUCCACCAACUGGCGCUUUCCAUAUUUAUGAUGUGAUAGAAGUUGUUCCCGAACCUGGUAAACCUGAUACCAAUUAUAAGCUCAAGGAAAUUUUUCAAGAAGAGGUCAGUGGUACUGUAUCUACUGUUUGUGAGGUUAGUGGAAGAUUCAUGAUUAGUCAAAGCCAAAAAGUUCUAGUAAGAGAUAUCCAAGAAGAUAAUUCCGUCAUACCAGUGGCAUUUUUGGAUAUUCCUGUUUUCGUUACGGAUUCUAAAAGCUUUGGUAAUCUUUUGAUAAUUGGUGACGCUAUGCAGGGGUUCCAAUUUAUUGGUUUUGACGCAGAACCAUACAGGAUGAUUUCAUUGGGCAGAAGUAUGUCGAAAUUUCAAACAAUGUCGCUAGAGUUUUUAGUGAACGGAGGGGAUAUGUAUUUUGCGGCAACAGAUGCUGACAGAAAUGUUCAUGUUUUAAAAUAUGCGCCAGAUGAACCCAACUCUCUUUCGGGUCAACGUUUAGUCCACUGCUCCAGUUUCACGUUGCAUUCCACCAAUAGUUGUAUGAUGCUUUUACCAAGAAACGAGGAAUUUGGCUCUCCUCAAGUGCCAUCGUUUCAAAACGUUGGUGGCCAAGUGGAUGGGUCAGUCUUCAAGAUAGUUCCUUUAAGUGAGGAAAAAUACAGAAGACUUUAUGUGAUUCAACAACAAAUCAUCGAUCGAGAAUUACAGCUAGGUGGUUUAAACCCUCGCAUGGAAAGAUUGGCCAACGACUUUUAUCAGAUGGGUCACUCUAUGAGGCCUAUGCUUGAUUUCAACGUUAUACGGAGGUUCUGUGGAUUAGCUAUUGAUAGACGGAAAAGCAUUGCGCAGAAAGCAGGAAGACAUGCGCAUUUUGAAGCAUGGAGAGAUAUCAUAAAUAUUGAAUUUUCAAUGAGAUCUUUAUGCCAGGGUAAGUGA